ACGCACCACGCAUGACAGAAAAUUACAGCGCGCGCGCACACGCACAGAGAGAGACGCUUGUCAGUCGGUAGCCCGAGUUUAACGUUAGCUGCUGUAUAUUUGUGUUCACACGUUUUUCUGUGUUUUAGUGUCGUAUUCAGUAGUUCGAGUGAGUGAGUGAAACCGGCUUCAACUUUCUGAUUUCUGUCAGUGUUGAGGCCUGUGUGAGCACAAACACACGCCUACACGACUGAACUGACUUCACCAUGGACAAAGCAGAUUUCCUGAAAGGUCUACCUGUGUAUAACAAGACGAACUUCAGCAGAUUUCACGCUGACUCUGUAUGUAAAGCAUCGAACAGAAGGCCAUCAGUAUAUCUGCCUACACGAGAGUAUCCCUCUGAACAGAUCAUCGUCACAGAGAAGACAAACAUCCUUCUGCGUUAUCUUCAUCAACAGUGGGACAAAAAGAAUGCAGCUAAAAAGCGAGAGCAGGAGCAAGCGGAAGGGGAAGGCGGCAGCCCAGCGCCUCCUCGCAAAAUCGCCCGGACAGACAGCCAGGAGAUGAACGAGGACUCCUAGAGGAACCCACCAUCCAGCAGCACAAGAACGGACACAACAAGCCCAAACACCCGCACACCACACAGGAAUCUCAUCUCAGAAAGAAAGAAAUGGAAGAACACUUCUCUUACAGUGUCCUUUUUUUUUAUUUUAUUUUACUGAGUGCUUCCUGAUGCAGUCAGUGCCCUGUUCUGAACGUGUGUGUGUGUGGCGCGACGGGUUUCCACUGCCAGCUUUGACGAUUCUGCUGAGCUCUGAACUUCGAGGGGGGGCGGGUACGGCGAAAUUCAACAAGCACAUAGGAAUGAAUGUCUGCUAUGAAGAUGUUUAUGAAAAUCGAUUUGUUAGGACACUAUUAAUGCAGAGUAAAAGUUGAAAAACACCCUAGUAAUCUCAGCUGUGAAUUAUCACACUUUCAUGAUGUACUCCGAAGACAGGCAGCACUCUUCAGCAUUCAAAAAAUUAAAUCUUGGAAAUUUACAGACAUGUUUGGAAGAUUUAGAUGUAGUCUUGAUAGAGCUACAGUCUUCCUAGCAGGUGCAUACUUGUGCAUGAAUGCACUGUUGGGACUGUUUAUCUGUUGUCACAGGUUGAGGAUGAUGUACUGGUGAUGUAAAGAAAUACAAAUGUCAUUCUCUUCCACUUCCCCUUUUGUCAUGUAGGUUUGUAGUGCUGUGUUCGUUCCAGAAUCAUAAACGGAUAACUUGCCUUCA